AUGGCCUCGUUCCAAUACCGCCGGUUAGAUGAAGCUGCGAACGAGAUCCGAGUCGUUACAAUAUGGCCUGGACGAUUUGACGACCCAGUCAAGAUCGAUAUCACUCAAUGCCCGCUCAUCCCACCGUCAACCCAAAACGAAGCGGGUUUACUUCCCCUCAAAGAGAUAAACAAAACUCUGCUUAAUGAUUCACCCUGGGAAGCUUUUGAUACGUUGGAAAGCCGGAUCCUCUUUAUCAACAACGAUACGGAUGAAACCUCAUGGAGUGAAAACUUGGAUGAAGCACUACGACAUCUCCGCUACCCCCAUAAGCCUCGCAUCAUGUGGAUUGACGCACUAUGUAUCAAUCAAAGCGACAUUCAAGAGCGAAACCACGAAGUUAAACGUAUGGGUGAUAUCUUCAGACUUGCCACAAGAGUUGUUGCUUGGAUAGGACCAGCCUACGAAGGAAGCACUCUAGCACUGGCGAUCAUGAGAGAAAUUUCACAGCAUGUAGUCUGGAAGUCAAGCAUGGGAUGCAAACCCAGACCACAUUGUUCCGACCCUUCCUGGCAUGAUUUCACAAUUCCACUACAUCUGAAUAAAUUCGUCGAAAUUGCCAUCGCAAAUCUAUUUUCACGGUCCUGGUUCCGAAGGCUAUGGGUUCUCCAAGAAAUACAUCUCUCGAGCCCUUCAUCCGUUAUUCAAUGCGGUCGGGAGACGAUCCUUUGGACUUGUCUACAGGGAGCAGCUAUGGUCUUGCUCUCAAAGCAUGAUGACGGAACAGCGGGGAGUUUACGGCAACAUCUAUGGGAAAUGUCGAGAAUCUGCUUCUACUCGAAGGGUAUCAAACUUGAUGACCUUUUCUGGAAAUACCAUGAUCUUGGUUGUCAGCUUCCACAUGACAGAAUCUACGGUUUAAUGAACCUUGCGCCACCAGGAUGGUCGAGUCGCAUCGAGCCAGACUACUCGCUUCCUGUUCUAGACGUCUACAGGGGUGCUUUCAUGGCAUAUUCGCAUCAUUACGGUCGACUUGAUCUUCUCCCAAGAACGGGGACCAAUGGAGCAGGGACUCUUUCGUCUGAUGAGCGAUGGCCGUCUUGGGUUCCGGAUUGGACCGCAAGAGUACUCGAAACUGUCCCUCCGGGGAAUGGCCUUAACGCGGCAAGUUUCUCCCCAGCACACACUGUUCUUCAUACACCAAACGAACUUGAAGUAGCUGGUAUUCGCUUGGGUUCAGUUAUAUAUACACAUCGCCUUGAGAUUUAUAGCUUUGCAGAAUUGGCAGAGUACUUCAACCAAUUAGGACUUGAGAAGAUCAUGGCAAAUGAGUACCUACCAGGCGAGACUAUUCUGGACGCCCACCUGCAUGCUAUCACCCAUUCGAAGUUUGAAGACCGAGACCCUUGGAGUGGAAAUCCUACCCUCGAACAGUUUCGUGAACAUAUUGUAAAUCUGGCCCAAGGCAAGGAAAGCCAGCACAACUGGAGGCAGUACGAAAGCAAUAUCAUAGUUGGAUUGCAGGACUCGUAUUGUUUCAUCACUAAUGAUGGAUAUCUUGGCCACUGUCGUACAAGAGGAACAGUAGAGCUAGGCGACGAAGUGUUCAUCCCUCUCGGCUGCCAGACCCCAAUCCUCAUUCGAUCCACAGCAAACACCAAGCACAGAAGUCUUGGCGAUUGCUUCGUCCACGGUGUCAUGAGCGGAGAAACUCUUUUGGGUCCUUUACCUGACAACUACAUUGUCCAACAAAGAACCGGCCCUGAUGGAGUUCAUCGGACAAAGUUUUUGAACAAAGAUACUGGUGAACAUACGAUAGGCGAUCCUAGACUGGUGCCGAUUCCCUUUCCAGAUGGUUGGCUCUUUCUAGAGUUUGGGAUGGAGGUCGACGAUCCUGUUUAUUGUCCUCUAUUCAUUAACAGCGAAACAAAGAAGAUUAUCUCAUAUGAUCCAAGGAUGACUAUGCGAGCUUUGAUGGAAAGGGGUAUCAAUAUACAAACAGUAAACCUUGUCUAG